UUACAAUUGUGAGUUCCCUACACAAUGGCAGUGCAGUGUGUUUAUGGACUCCGGGAUGAUGAUAUGGAUCCCGGAACAGAUGAACGCUUCAGGCACCUACUUCUACGAUUACCCAAACCAACAGAUGAGACUUGACGUAUCCGGCUUUGCUCUGGGGAAUUAUCACUUCUCUUUCACAUUUAUCUGGAAAUUUCAUGAGCAAGCAGUUUACACCCUAGACAACAACAACAAUACGUGCAGUAGAGAGGAAGAUAGCAUCGCUGUGUGGAACCAGUGGGCUGGGGUACCGAGUGAUGCUGAGGUGACAAGUAAUGGUGGUUUAGGCGGUUUCCAGGAGACCGUUUCACAAUACACAUUGGUCAGGAACGCCGGGGAUGCAGACGCUGUGGUGACCCUCGAUGUGAAAAUUGGUAAUAUUUGUUCUCCUCUUCGUGUGUCCUUCCAAGACCAACACCUGGAUCCCAUCUCUGGGGAAAUGGUUAAUUAUGAAUUCCUGGACACCAUGCCGCUCAGUGACUCGAAAGUGUUCAAUACCCCGCCUCAUUGUGUAAAUUCCACAUUAAAGGACAACGAAAUAGUCAAGAGGUUGCUUCCAAGUCGACACAUCGGUAUAUUCAUGGGAUGACUGUUGGAA